AGUGAGGAUAAAACCUGAAGUAUUACUUGAGUAUUUCAGAGCUGUAGUAGUGGCUUAAAACUCUGCUAUAUGUUUAAUGAAUUAAUAUUGUCUGCUGCUUUUUUUUUUCCUUCUUAACUGUUCUUUGGAAACAUCUCUCUCCUUGUUUUCUUCCAGGCCUAACGUUACAGUUCUUGUGAUUGUGAGUGUGCAGAUCAGAAGCUGAGCGUGCACACAGAUGAUGUUCGGGCCGAGGGGGUUGCCUCAGAGCAGACAAGGUGCAUGCUAUGGUUAGCUGCCUCCCCGCGCUCGAGGGGCUGUUUUCUCGUCGCGUGGCGCUCGCUCAGCCCCGGGAGAAAGGAUAACGACUCUAUGGAUAUACAGAAUCCUUCACCAUGGUAAAACUCGCCAACCCGCUGUACACAGAGUGGAUUUUGGAGGCAAUCAAAAAGGUAAAGAAGCAGAAACAGCGGCCUUCGGAGGAGAGGAUAUGCAAUGCAGUGUCGUCUUCUCAUGGCUUGGACCGCAAAACUGUUCUGGAACAGUUGGAGCUGAGUGUUAAAGAUGGAACGAUUUUAAAAGUGUCCAACAAGGGUCUCAACUCCUACAAGGAUCCUGAUAAUCCUGGGAGAAUAGCACUUCCGAAGCCUCGGAAUCAUGGCAAGUUGGAUGGUAAACCAAAUGUGGACUGGAAUAAACUCAUCAAGCGGGCGAUCGAGGGCUUGGCUGAGUCCAGUGGCUCAUCCCUGAAGAACAUUGAGCGCUUUCUGAAAGGUCAGAAAGAUGUGUCUGCAUUGUUUGGGGGCAGUGCUGCCUCCAUUUUUCACCAGCAAUUACGGUUAGCUGUCAAACGUGCUGUUGGCCAUGGCAGGCUCCUUAAAGAUGGACCUCUCUACCAGCUCAACACUAAAGCAACUACUAAUGCUGAUGGGAAGGAGAGUUUUGAGUCUCUUUCCUGUCUCCCUCCAGUGUGUCUCCUUCCCCAUGAAAAGGAUAAGCCUGUUGCUGAACCAAUUCCAAUUUGCAGUUUCUGCCUUGGUACAAAAGAGCAAAAUCGGGAGAAGAAACCUGAAGAGCUCAUCUCUUGUGCUGACUGUGGCAACAGUGGCCAUCCGUCCUGCCUGAAGUUCUCCCCGGAGCUGACGGUGCGAGUGAAGGCCCUGCGGUGGCAGUGCAUCGAGUGCAAGACCUGCAGCUCCUGUCGAGACCAGGGCAAGAAUGCUGAUAACAUGCUCUUUUGUGACUCCUGCGACCGUGGCUUUCACAUGGAAUGCUGCGACCCUCCUCUCACCAGGAUGCCAAAAGGUAUGUGGAUAUGUCAGAUCUGUCGGCCCCGGAAGAAAGGAAGGAAACUGUUACAGAAGAAGGCAGCCCAGAUCAAGAGACGCUAUGCCAACCCCAUAGGGCGGCCCAAGAACAGGCUAAAGAAUCAAAACACAGCGUCCAAAGGCCCCUUCAGCAAAGUCCGCGCGGGGCCCGGUCGGGGCCGGAAGCGCAAGAUCGCCCUGUCCGGCCAGUCAGCAGGGGCAGAAGGGGGGUACCUGGAGCAGGCAGAUGUCCUGGACUUCUGCAGAGAUGGCAGCAACACCCUGAAGUUCAACAAGAAAACCAAAGGGCUCAUAGAUGGCCUUACUAAAUUCUUCACUCCCUCCCCUGACGGACGGAAAGCUCGAGGGGAGGUGGUCGACUAUUCUCAGCAGUACAGGAUCAGGAAAAAGGGUACCAGGAAAUCUAGCACUUCAGAAUGGCCCACAGACAAUCAGGAUGGCUGGGAUGGAAAACAAGAAAAUGAGGACCGUUUUUUUGGGAGCCAGGAUGUCUUAAAUGAAAAAGACAUGGAGUUGUUCAGAGAUAUUCAGGAACAAGCACUGCAGAAAGUAGGGGUGACUGGGCCUCCCGACCCACAGGUCCGCUGCCCUUCUGUCAUUGAGUUUGGCAAAUAUGAGAUCCAGACCUGGUAUUCCUCCCCAUAUCCCCAGGAGUACUCGAGGCUACCUAAGUUGUACCUUUGUGAAUUCUGUCUAAAGUAUAUGAAAAGCAGAACUAUUCUCCAACAGCAUAUGAAAAAAUGUGGCUGGUUUCAUCCUCCAGCCAAUGAAAUUUACAGGAAAAACAAUAUUUCAGUCUUUGAGGUUGAUGGCAAUGUCAGCACUAUCUACUGCCAGAAUUUGUGCUUGUUAGCCAAGCUCUUCUUGGACCACAAGACUCUCUAUUACGACGUGGAGCCAUUUCUUUUCUACGUGCUGACACAGAACGAUGUCAAGGGCUGUCACCUUGUUGGCUACUUUUCCAAGGAAAAACACUGCCAACAGAAGUACAACGUUUCCUGUAUAAUGAUUCUUCCACAAUACCAGCGUAAGGGCUAUGGCAGGUUCCUCAUCGACUUCAGCUAUUUGCUUUCCAAGCGUGAGGGUCAGGCAGGAUCCCCAGAGAAGCCCCUGUCAGACCUGGGGCGCCUCUCAUACAUGGCUUAUUGGAAAAGUGUAAUAUUGGAGUGCCUUUAUCAUCAACGUGACAAGCAAUUAAGCAUCAAGAAACUGAGCAAGCUGACUGGGAUCUGCCCCCAAGAUAUCACUUCCACCCUCCAUCACCUGCGAAUGCUCGACUUCCGCAGUGACCAGUUCGUGAUCGUGCGCCGGGAGAAGCUGAUCCAGGAGCACAUGGCCAAGCUCCGGAGCAACGUCCGGCCCAUCGACGUGGACGCCGAAUGUCUGCGCUGGACGCCCGUCAUCGUCUCCAACUCCGUGGUCUCUGAGGAUGAAGAGGAGGAAACUGAGGAUGGUGAAAAUGAGGAGCAACAACAGCAGAAAGAAAAGGAUCCAGAGACCAGUAUGGUAAAAUCUGUGUCAUGGGAGAAGAAGGAGCAGGAGCCUUACUCACCUACAGAGAGCGAAAAAAAGCCAGACAUCGUCGCUCCGGCCAACUCUGCACGACCAGACAAGCACAUUUUCCCCCUGGACAGUCUUCCUGCCAACAGCCAGCCCUCCCGGAGGGGGCGAUGGAACCGCAAGAGCAAAAAGCUGCGCGAGCCCUUCUGUGAGAAGGAGCCGGCCCUGGCCGGGGAGGACAAGGCCGCGGUGCCCGGCGGGAGGUGCAGCGAGUGCGAGGAGAAGUCGGCGGCCUCACGGGGCCGCUGCAGUGACUGCGAGGAGAAGUCGGCGGCCCUGCAAGGGAGGUGUGGGGAGUGUGAGGAGAAGUCUCCAGCCUUGAGAGGCCGCUAUGCUGAGGAUGAGGAGAAAUCCCCGGGUUCCCAGGGACAGUACGGCAAAGGGGAGAAGGCGGCAGUUCCCCGCCGGCGGCACAGCGAGGGCAUGGAGAGGUGGAGGGGGCAGCUGAAGAAGAACACGGAGCCCCCCAAGUGUCGAUUCCCAGAGGACUGUGACAGGUUACCCCGGCGCUACAGCGACAGCGACAGGGCACUGCUGAGGUGUUUCAGUGAGAGCAGCGAAGAGGAGGACGAUGAGCCCGUGAGCCCUCGGUCAAGCUCUCCCCCCGUCCUCACCAAGCCAACACUGAAACGGAAGAAGCCCAUCCUGCACCGGAAGAGGCGGGUCCGCAAGCGCAAGCACCACAACAGCAGCGUGGUCACCGAGACCAUCUCCGAGACCACCGAGGUGCUGGAUGAGCCCUUCGAGGACUCCGACUCCGAGCGGCCCAUGCCCCGGUUAGAGCCCACCUUUGAGAUCGAGGAGGAGGAAGAGGAGGAGGAGGACGAAGAGGAGGAGAGUGAACUUCUGUCCAGUGGAUACUUUCGGCACUUAGCCCCAGCAGACACGCUCAGGCACAGACCCUCUUCCAAGAGGAAGUCCAAAGACGAGGAGGAGUCUGAUGACAAUACUGGUAACCCCCCUCUGAAACCGUUGUCUAUGCUGAGGAAAUGCGAAGCAAAGGAUUCUUCACUGGAGCCAGAUACUUCCACACCCCUGAAAAAGAAGAAGGGAUGGCCAAAAGGGAAAAGCCGAAAACCAGUCCACUGGAAGAAAAGACCUGGUCGAAAACCAGGUUUUAAACUGACCCAGGAAGAGGUGCCACCACCAGUUCAGGAUGAGGGAGCUGAUGAAGCAGCAGCUAAUUCAAAACCAGGGCGUAAGCCCAAAAUUUCAGAUAAAGAAGAGUGUGUUGAGCAGAAAGAAGACCUGCCUCUCCUUGAGGAAAGGAAAGAGGAAGAUGUGAACAUGGAAGCAGAAGAGGUAGGAGAGGGAGAAGAGGAAGAUAUAGCCAGCAAUGAAGUAAGAGCAGUUUCUCCUGUGGACAGCAACAGCAGUCCAGUGCCAGAAGUAAAAGAGCCUGAGAUAGAAGAGGAGGUAGAGGAGAAGCCACGGGUUUUAGAAGAGCAGAGGCAAUCAGAAGAAGAGCAGCAAGAACUCGAUGAACCUGAGCACGACCAUGAGGAAGAGGAGGAAGUUGCAGUAGUGACAAAUGAAAAUGAAGAUCACGACGCUGACGACGAAGAUGAUGGUCAUCUGGAGUCAGUGAAGAAAAAAGAAUUGGAGGAACAGCCUGUUAGAGAAGGGGUCAAGGAAGAGCCUCAGGGGCAAGAAUGUUUUUUAGAAACAAGCAUACCAAGCAGUAGAGAAGAUGCAAAAGAAAAGGAUGAAGCAGAGGCAGAUUCUGAGGAAGAGCAGGCUUCCAACGAGACAUCAGUGGGCUCAGAGCACGUCCCUGGGUCUGAGGAUGAUCACGAAGAAGAACAAAGUAAUAAAGAAGGGUUAAUUGAAUUAAAGGAAGAGGAAGAGAUUCCUCAUAGUGAACUAGAUCUUGAAACUGUUCAAGCAGUCCAGUCCUUGACACAGGAGGAAAGCAAUGAGCACGAUGUAGCUUACCAGGACUGUGAGGAAACUCUUGCAGCUUGUCAGACUUUGCAGAGUUACACCCAGACCGAGGAGGACCCUCAGAUAUCAAUGGUUGAAGACUGCCAGGCCUCAGAACACAACAGUCCAAUAUCCUCUGUUCAGUCCCACCCCAGCCAGUCUGUGCGUUCUGUCAGCAGCCCAAACGUGCCUGCUCUGGAGAGCAGCUACACCCAGAUCAGUCCUGAGCAAGGAUCCCUGUCCGCACCCUCUAUGCAGAACAUGGAGACCAGCCCCAUGAUGGAUGUGCCUUCAGUAUCGGACCACUCCCAGCAGGUGGUGGAUAGUGGCUUCAGUGACCUUGGCAGCAUUGAGAGCACUACAGAGAAUUAUGAAAACCCCAGCAGCUACGACUCCACUAUGGGAGGCAGCAUUUGUGGAAAUAACUCUUCCCAGAGCAGCUGUUCCUACGGAGGACUGUCUUCUUCCAGCAGCCUCACUCAGAACAGUUGUGUUGUCACUCAGCAAAUGGCAAACAUUGGCAGCAGUUGCAGCAUGAUGCAGCAAAACACUGUCCAGCCUGCAGCAAACUGUAAUAUCAAGUCACCUCAGAGCUGUGUGGUGGAAAGGCCCCCGAGUAACCAGCAACCAACGACACAGCCCCAGCAGCAGCAGCCUCAGUCCCAGCAGCCCCAGCCCCCCCCUCCGCCGCAGCAGCAACCGCCGCUGUCCCAGUGUAGCAUGAACAACAGCUUCACCCCGGCCCCCAUGAUCAUGGAGAUCCCCGAGUCGGGCAGCACCGGUAACAUCAGCAUCUACGAGAGGAUCCCGGGGGAUUUCGGCGCCGGGAGCUAUUCCCAGCCCUCGGCCACGUUCAGCUUAGCCAAGCUGCAGCAGCUGACCAACACCAUAAUGGACCCCCACGCCAUGCCUUAUAGCCAUUCUCCUGCCGUGACCUCCUAUGCAACCAGCGUCUCUCUGUCCAACACGGGGCUGGCCCAGCUGGCCCCCUCCCACCCCCUGGCCGGCGCCCCGCAAGCACAAGCCACCAUGACCCCCCCGCCCAACCUGGCCUCCACCACCAUGAACCUCACGUCGCCGCUGCUGCAGUGCAACAUGUCGGCCACCAACAUCGGGCUGCCGCACGCGCAGCGCCUGCAGGGCCAGAUGCCCGUCAAGGGGCACCUCUCCAUCCGCUCCAAGUCGGCGCCGCUGCCCUCGGCGCCCGCGCACCAGCAGCAGCUGUACGGGCGCAGCCCCCCGGCCGUGGCCAUGCAGGCGGGGCCGCGCGCCCUGGCCGUGCAGCGCGGCAUGAACAUGGGGGUCAACCUGAUGCCCACCGCCCCCUACAACGUGAACUCCAUGAACAUGAACACCCUGAACGCCAUGAACAGCUACCGCAUGACGCAGCCCAUGAUGAACAGCAGUUACCAUAGCAACCCUGCCUACAUGAACCAGACAGCACAGUAUCCUAUGCAGAUGCAGAUGGGAAUGAUGGGGAGCCAGGCCUAUACCCAGCAGCCUAUGCAGCCAAACCCUCACGGGAACAUGAUGUACACUGGCCCCUCCCAUCACAGCUACAUGAACGCUGCCGGGGUGCCCAAGCAGUCCCUCAAUGGACCAUACAUGAGAAGAUGAGCAAGAUGAACUUGCGUCCUAAAAACUGAAAUAUAUAUAAAUAAAGGAACCUUUUAUACUGACAAACCAGAGAAAAUGGACCUUUUUCCAGUUAAAAUAUUGCUGUAGAUUUAGAGGGAUUUUCUUUGGUUUAUUUUAUUUUUUAGGAAGCCUGGUCUUUAUUUUUUUGAUUUUUUUUUUUGUUUGUUUAUUUGUUUGUUUUUGUUUUCUUCACAAUCCUCAAACAUUUUACAGCUAAAAUCAUUUACAGAUGUUUUUUAGAGAGGAAAACAUGCACAAAAUCUUUUCAUAAUUUAAAAAGAGCCUUACUUUGCUGACAAAGUGGACAGACUAUGUGUAACAGUGAAAUCAUGUUCCUAAAUUUUUUAAAAAAUGUAUGUCCUUCUCCCUCCCCUGUGCCCCUCUGUAUGCAGUUUCUAGUGCUGCAGCCAUGUAAAAUGUUUGACAUCUCAAAGAAUAACAACCCUUCCCUCUAAACCCCACUUAGCAUUUCCUACUUCUAGCAGGAGGCACUUAUUGGGAGACUUGGAAGGGGACACAGAGGAUAAAUGAAGAUCUUUAUUUCUGCAAGUCAGGAAAAAAUUUUAAUCUUGUAUUUUCCCUGACUCCCUCACCCUCAGUAAAAUUUGGAGUUAGGUGUAAACAAUAAACUAUUCACAUUG